AUCUGGCAGUUCAACAACUUGACAAACCUACAAUUGAGCGUGUAAACUCACGCUGUUAAGAGUUCUAAAUCUAACUGGUGACUUAACAUCUGUUAUUAAUUCUUCAUCAUGUCCUCAAAUGAAAAGGCAAAUGACGGUCAGCAGUUGGGGACUAUUCCACAUUUGAAGCAAGAAAUGGCUGGGGAUGGCUCUUAUUCUAGUCCCAGGCCUCCCAGAGCUGCUACAGAAAGUCGAGUGUUGAGCAUUGUAAAUCAAAAUAAAACUCAACAAUUAAAUUUAGCUUCAGAUAUGAGUACACCACCUCCAGUGGGUAAUAAUCCCACACAGUCCUACCAACAGCAACUGACUUUGCCUGAAAUUAAAAGCAACCUUUCUGCCACUGCCAAGGAAUUUGUUCCCAGAAGCCAAGUAGAGACAGGAGGUGAUGGGCCGCUAUAUAACACAGACUCCUACUCUUUAUCUGUAUCUGCUGCUGAGUUUGUACCCAGAGGCCAAGAUGAAAACAGUUCUUUUAGUGAACAGUAUUAUUCGAAUAUUCCAUAUGAGUAUGAUUCUGGUUUAAUUAUGCCUGAUAUAAAUGGCUUAAGUCUUGUAGAUUAUUCAUCAUAUUCAGUGCAACAAGGGAACACUGGGAACAUGAUUUUAGAUCGUUUUAAUAACACACUAUACUUGCUUAACAUGCAUCCUGGCAACAUGGAAGAAUAUUUGCGCCCAAUUUGUGAAAUGAUUGAAACUUCUUCAACCUCACCAGAGGUUUUAGAUCAAAUGGUCGAAUAUUUAUUUAAUCAGAGCAUACAACAGAAUUUUCGUUACACAGGCGCUAGAAUAUGCCAGUUUUUAACUACUUACCUGAAGCGUCAUCCUCUUUUUUCGGGUUUUCACAAAAUAUUUAUGAAAAGAUGCCAAACAGAAUAUGAUAAAAGAAUGCAACUCCUUCAAGGCAAUGAUGAAGAGCAAGAACGAUUGCGUGGUCUAGCUAUGUUGAUGGCAGAAAUAUUUCUUAAUGUUGAGACAGAAUUAGAAGGUGGUGGAACUCAAAGAAUACAUUACCUACCCAAAAUACUUAUGGAUUUUGUGCAGACAUUGUUAGGAAGUCCUACAGAUGCCAAUGUCAAGUGUUCAUGUCAACUAUUGAAGUUGUCUGGAGCUUUGAUGGAAGACAUUGUGAAAUCCAUACCAAAUCAGUGUUUGAUGUUUGAAGACAUUUUUGCAAAGAUGAAUGGCUUGAUAUCUCAUCCAGGAUUGGCAGAGAAUACAAGAUUUCUUGUCAGCAGUGUUAUAGAUCUUCAAAACAAAGAUUGGAACCGGACUGUCAGUUCACCUCCCAAAAAGCCUUGUCAUUUUCAAAGUGAUCCAAAUAAUUUUCAGGCACAGGAACCAGUGUUUUAUAAUAAUGGUGCUGUUUGCAGUAGGGCGGAUAUUGUCUUGCCUGAAGAUGAGACUGAUGAUGGUGCUUAUGUGCUUAAUGAGGAGGAAGAAGCUGCAUUUCUUGAAUGGCAAGCUGAGCAAGAAGCCUUGGCUACAGAACAAGAAACAUUUUUUAAUGACACAGGGUACGAGUCUUAUAAUCACUUAGAGGAAGUUGUGGAUGAUGGGGACAUGGGGGAUGAAGUGGAAGCAGCCUAUGAAGAGUUUCUUCAAGAACAGAGUAAUUACAUUCAAGGAUAUCAAUCUAAUCAGCCAAGUCUUCCGCUCCAGCCACAGCCUUUAAUACACCCUUCAAUGAUGUUUCAGAGUUCACCAAACUUUUACAUCAGCCAGCCGCCACCAAAUGCCAUGCCUCCACACAUGCAGCUGCCGCCUAAUCAGCAAACUCCAGACCAGCAUCCUCACCAGCAACAGUAUGGAGAUUCAUAUUAUCACAGACCUACAUAGACUUAUUGUUAUUUUUAUCUUAUGCUCAACUGAUAUUCUCUCCCCUUGGAGCCAUCUCUACAGGGUGCCCCCAAACAAUAAGCCUAUAACAUCAUUGUCCAAGUCUUUUUUUUUUAAAUACCGUCAUACUGGCCUAGGGGAACAGGGGAAUGGAGGGGGGGGGGGGGACUACGACUGUAGAAACAGCUUCCAAAUAUGACCUCUGGAAUAGGAUUCCAGUAGAUGCUGAAGUUAUUCCAGAUUUCUCUGAGUCUGGUUAGCUUGUAGAAGUUACAGAUGUAUGUUUUUAAGAGAAUAAGCUGUUGGUUGUACUUUGUUUCUACAUCUAGGGAGGAGGUAAGGAGAUGCCCUGUAGAAUGUGUGCUUUGUGUCAAUGCUGCUGAUAUCAUGCUAUGUACUUAUGGAGUUAAAUUUCACACAGAACAUUAGAACAUGUGAGGUACAUAAAAAGAAAAGACAUCUAGCAUUCAUUGUUCUGCUGAACCAACUCACUAUAUAGGAGACAAGUCAUGUGAUCUAGAUACUUUAGUUCUUUAGAAUAUUGAAACUUUAGUUAUUUAGAAUAUUGAGAUAUCAAAAACCAUGUUUUAAGUGCUGGUGGUAUAAUGUUUAGACUGCAAAUGAGAUAUUAUUGUUUUUAGUAAGAUUGAAUUAUUUUAUUUCAUAGUAUUUGCUGAGUGAUGAUUCCCUUCAAAAUUCUAGUCUUAACAAUACUUUGUGUUUGUCUGCAUGUGCAAGGAAAAAAAAUUGAGGGAAAAACUUUUUUUUUGUUCAAAUCUAAAGUUGGCUAUCAGUCACAUUCCAAGAGUUCAGAAAAGUAUGCCUCUUAAAAGUUCACAAGCAUAUAUGAGCCUUUGAGGCGAAAAUAAAAUUCUAGUAUUUCUUUUUAUGACAAAAUAUGUUUGUAGGUAAAACAAAAUAUCACACAUUUUGUGAAUGGUUUAUAAUUAAUAUCGUAAUCAGAAGCAUGAUAGUAAUAAGAAAUUGGUAAAAUGAACACAUUGUCUCUUGUCCAAGUAGCAAAUGUUAUAUGAAUGUUGAUUUGGUGUUUCUAUAACUAAAGUCAACUAACAAUCAGGCUAAGAGCUUUACUGUGAUAUUUUACUCAUUGUUAUGGAAGUGUUUAGAUUCUGACAGUUAUAUCAUUCUCAACAAUUUUUCUUAAUGCAAAUGCAAAAAAAAAAAAAAAAAAGGAAAAAACAAAAAAAAAAGUACUAAACAGAAAAAAAAAAAACCCAAAAAACUGAAAAUCCAUGUAUCCAUGAAGUCUUCAAUGUCACAGUUAUUGCUUGUUGCUCUGAAUGCUCGAGAUCAGUGUUCACAUUACUAUUGCAUUUAAUUUUUUUUUUCUUCUUUAGUUCAAUCCUUUUUAAUUGUAUUUCAUGAUCAAACAGAAUGUCAAAACAAAAUCUACUGCAUUGCUGUUGUUCUGAAGUCCUCUGUUGUGUUGUCCUCUAUUUUGGAACUGCACACUUGUUAAAGUCAAUGGGGAAGAUAGAACUGCUCUUGUACUAAGUUUAGACCUAGACCCUAAAGAUUAUCAUGCUUUAGAUGGAAGUUAACUUGUUCUUACUGACAGAAGGUCAUCAAUGUUCUGUUUCAACUCAUCUCCCCUUUGUUUUCUAGCCCUAUAUCACUGUGUGUGUGUGUGUGCAUGUCAAGAGAAUCAAAUUCUGUUUCAAAUUUUUUUUUUCUGUGUAAGUUUAUGCAUUUCUUGUACAUCAAUGAAAGUUGCUUGGGCAUUGAUGAGGCUGUCCUGGAUGGUGUUUCUGAUUCAGUCUGUGUACAUUUGGAACUGAAAGUCUUUCCUUAGUCUUCAGGCUUUCUAACUAGAUUAGAACUCUUGAAAACACAAAUGUCUAUUUUGAACUACACAAAGCUCCUACUUACUGUCCCAGCUUGGUCUUUGCUAAUAUAGUUCUGUUGACUUUGAUUGUAUUGUUUCUUUUUAUGCCAGAUGAAUUGAUUGAAUUGGGGAAAUGUUAAGAAAUAGUUGCCAUAUUCUGUGCUUUUUAGUUUGAUGUUCAUUUAAUGAAAACAAUUUGUCCACAUGUAUGUACCGUGAUGAAAUAAACCAAUCGAAAUAUU